GAUGGCGUCAACCCUCUCGAUUUCCAGGGCGCCGUGGACAGCAACAACGAGCUGCCCAGCGCCGAGACCAUGGCUAAGAUCGAGAACUACGUAGUGCUCGACCGCGAUGGCAAGUCGCAUACCUUCAAAAGUCUAUACGCGGGGAAGCACACGGCGCGGAGGGUGCUGAUCAUCUUUGUGCGGCACUUCUUUUGCGGAAUCUGUCAGGAGUACCUCCGAUCGCUGUCGGCGUCCAUCACGCCCGAGGCGCUGCUGCGCCUGCCCAUCAGCACCUUCAUCGCGGUGAUUGGGUGCGGCGACCCGGGGCUAAUCGAGAUGUACGCCAACGAGACCAAGUGCCCGUUCCCAAUCUACUCGGACCCAACGCGCAAACUGUACUCGGAGCUGGGCAUGAUCCGCACGCUCGCCAUGGGGGCUCGGCCGGCCUAUAUGACGCAGAACAUGAUAAAGUCGUCGAUCGACUCGGUAUUCCAGGGCCUGAAGCAGAUCCGCCGCGGGCUGGCCACCAAGGCCGGCGACGCCCGCCAGAUCGGCGGCGAGUUCCUGUUCGAACCCUUUGACGUGCAAAGCCCCGUCACGACGCCGUGGUACGAGGUGGAGCGGAGGAUGGGCGACUUUGCCAUCAGCGAAAAGGAGAAGAGCAACGGGACCGCCAACGGCCACCAUCGCGUGUCGGAGACGAGCCUGGACGGCAAGAACGAGGCCGGCGACAGCGGCGAGCAGAAGCACGUCACGUGGUGCCACCGCAUGAAGACGACGCGCGACCACGCCGAGAUCCCUGAGCUCAUGGAGAUUCUAGGCCUUGACGGCCAGGGCAUGCCCAUCAAGGACAAGAAGCGCUGGUCGCGCGCCCUCGAGCAGCGCAAGGGCACCGGCCUCUCCAUGGCGAGCCAGAUGAGCGCCAUGAAGGCCGAGGCAGGA